AUGGAGCCUAUUUACGAUAGGGGAAACACAUCAAGACCUCGUUUCUCUCCAAACGGGGGUCCCAGCUGUACACUCAACAUCACCACAGCCCAACCCCAUGUUACCCAGGGAACAAGUCAGGGUGGGGCGACACAACAAGUGCAGCCCAUCAAUGUGGAAGAUGACGACCUUACCAGGCGUUACAAGCCUACGGACGCUACUUUCAGUGGCCAUAAUACUAACGAUUGCUAUCAGUUGAAGAAGCAAAUCAAAUACUACGUGAAGACGGGUAAGUUGGCUCACCUGGUUCGGGACAUAAAGCAGGGUCCGCCCCCCAACAAGGAAGACGCUGACAAAGGGGCGGGCAAGAAACAGCGGGAAUUGAACAUGGUUUACGCAGAUAAAGGAAAUGGAGUAAAACGGAGUUUCUCCACGCUCGAGCCCUGGAUGCUGGCAACCAUGACAGUCGAACCACGUGUUGAGGAUUUACACCUCACCACUGACCCCCUAAUCAUAUUAGCCGCUGUAGGCGACUACAACAUGAGAAGAAUCCUAUUAGAUAGCGGAAGCUCUGAAGAUAUACUCUAUGAGCACUGUUUCAACAGGAUGCAACCAAGAGACAAGAAGAUUCUCAAAUCAGUACACUCCCCUAUUAAGGGAUUCACCGGAGAAAAGGUUGACCCAAUUGGCCAAAUCACAUUUCUAGUAACAUUCGGACUCGCCCCUCGCGAAAGGACCAUACUCCUCACAUUUCUUGUGGUACGGGCUGAAUCCUACCACAAUGUAAUAAUUGGAAGGUUUACCCUGGGAAAACGAGACGCUGUUGUCUCCACGGCACGCGGGUUUAUGAAGUUCCCCACACCGCGGGGGAUUGCAACAGUUUUCUGGGACAAGAUAGGUGAAGUUUUGGACACCAAAAGAUGCCGUCAGGGACCUACCUGCACAAUCGGCCCAGAAAGAUAG